AUGAAGGACCCAGGGAGUUUCCAAAUCCCCUGCAUCAUAGGGGAUAUCACUAUUGAGAAGGCCUUAUGCGACUUGGGGGCUAGCAUCAAUCUCAUGUCCUUGAACAUGAUGAGAAGGAUGAGAAUUGAGGAAGCCAAACCAACAAGAAUGGCACUCAAACUAGCUGACAGAACAUUCAAGUUUCCACAUGGAGUAGUGGAAGAUUUAUUGGUGAAAGUGGGAGAAUUCAUUUUUCCAGCUGACUUUGUUGUGCUGGAUAUGGAAGAAGAGGCAAACACUUCAAUUAUUCUAGGAAGGCCAUUCCUAGCUAUUGUUGGAGCCAUCAUUGAUGUGCAAAAAGGGGAACUAGCCUUGAGAUUACAUGAGGAGAAGAUGAUCUUCAAUGUUUUCAAGGCAAUGAGUUAUCCCAAGGAAUCAAUAGGAGAAUGCAUGAUGGUGGACACCAUAGAACAAAUAGUUCAAGAAGUUUUGGAAGAAGAGCAAUAUGAAGGAAGUAUGGAAUUGGAGCAACAAGCACCACGUGAAGAACCACCACAAGGGACCAUGGAAAGUUCAAUCAUGACAAACCAUAAAGACAACAAUGGAGAAGAGGCACCAAAACUAGAGCUGAAAAACCUACCUUUAAGCUUGAAAUAUGCAUAUCUAGGUGACAACAGCACCUACCCAAUGAUCAUUAAUUCAAGCUUGAGUAAGGAGCAAGAAGAGGAACUCAUCCAAGUGCUGAAACAACACAAGGAUGCUAUAGGCUGGACACUCACAGACUUAAAGGGGAUCAGCUCAUCAAUGUGCAUGCACAAGAUCCUGCUUGAGGAGGGUUGA